UCGGCGCAACCCUCAAGUAAAGGUUCAAAAAGCGAGGUAGCGUUUGGACAGGGAAGUCACCAGCUCAGUCGUGAUUCUAUCCAGGAAGCAGGCGGAAACUUGGACAAGAUAAAUAAUACAGAUGAACCGAAAGAGACUCAAGACGAAUAUGUAGAAGGCUUGAGUGAAAGUGCAAUCGAACACGAAGAUCGCGUACCAGAAGGCGAAGGACUGGUUGCAGAAGACAUCAAAUUCAAACCUGACGAGAACGGGCAGAAGGAUUUUAAUCGAUCAUCUGAAGGGAUAGAUGGAAGAGACGAAAGUACGACAGAGCCAAUACAUUUUGAAGGAGAUGAUCUACUACAGUUUGAUCUUUCCGGGGAGUCAACGGGCACCACGGAGAAUGAAGACCAUGAUGACGAAUUCGAUAUAGCAGUGAUGGAGAAGUUUUUUAAUUACAUAAAUUUGAAUACUUCAGACGAAUUGGAGAUAGCAUUUAGUGAAGAUGCAAGGAAGCAGGAAGAGUCGAUGGAAAAUCAUGUAAUAGAAACGCUGGAAUUGAUAAUAAUGCAUAUAGAACAGGAAAUUAAUGCGAAUUUGCCAGUUAGUCUGAGGGAAUGUUUACAUAUAUGUCUGAGGAAAUUGGCAGAAUCAACACACACGUUGCAAGAGCUGAGAGUCCACGAAUUGGAGACUGAACUACGUUUACAGACCCGUUCACUGCGUGACCACAAAAUUGAAAUACUGCGGAUGUACAAUGCCUUGUCAAGAAAAUUUUGGGAAGAAUAUGCGUUCAAAGAGCAGCUUUAUAAAGCACAAGAGGAGUUGAAUGAAGAGUUUCUGUUACGAAGAAAAUACGAGGAUAUGAGUUUGGAGUUCGGUAGAGCAUCCGACGAUGUAACAUUAAACAUAGAAAACCACAUGAAGAAGCAUACGCAGCUCAGUCAGAGUUAUGAGAAACUGAAAAUCGAUUAUGGAAAACUUGUAAUUAAAUACAACAAAAUAGCCAAAUCUGAAGGUGAGUGUGAUGAAGAUAGAGAUCAGGUCGUCACAGGAGCUCAGUAUAACGAAGGGGAGACAGAGGAUGAAUUACCUAUCACUCUGUCGAAUCUGCAAAUGAUUAUGCUGUUGGACUCUCUAAAAGAGUUGAAAGAGGUCGCUUCGAAUCCUUCCCUUACACAGCCGAGGGGUCGAAAGCUGAUGGUAGAAACAAUAGAGCGAAACAAGGCGCUGGACCAUGGACGCAGAGACCUUGUAGCGUAUGUGAGCACGAAUCCGCACUUACGAUGCGAGAAACUGGAAAAAGUGUUGACAGCGUACAAGAAGAGAUACGAUUACUUCUGGAAGGGAGUGUUCAUGGAUCUGACGUUGUCGAUGUUCGAUGCCACGGGUAAUGGCUGUCCCUUAAUGACCGAUCUGUUUCUGGAAUAUGGCGAGAGAUGCAGCAUAGUAGAUAAGUACCAGAACACUCCCCUCCACUACGCCGCCAAACGUGGCAACGUGAUUGUCGGUAGAACAUUGAUCAAGGCAGGAUCUAUAGUGAACCACGUGAAUGUUGCAAAAAUAACGCCUCUUCAUUUGUCGUUGUUCUACGGACACAUUAAUUUCAGCUUACUUCUUGCACACAAUGGAGCUAACUUGAAUCUGAGAGACGUUUUUAUGAAUACUCCUCUGCACUUAGCAACCCUUACAAGCAAUUUUGUGUGUAUGAAGAUGUUACUUGAUAAAAAUGUUGAAGUCAAUGCUGUUGAUGUGGACGGUGAUACACCCUUUCUGAACUGUGCUAUUACCGGUAACUAUGAAUUAGGAUCGAAGCUUCUAGGAGCCGGGGCAGAUAUUACAGCUCGAAAUCACGUGGGUUCAACUGCUAUGCAUUUGGCUGCUUGGCAAGGUAAUAUGAUGUUCUGCAAGUUUCUAGUUGACAAACUUUUUCCUGUUGGUCCAAUUAAUUUGCACAAUGUAACGCCAUUACAUCUUGCUGCGAUGGAAGGUUAUACUUCACUUGUAGAACUGCUUAUUAAAUCAGGUGCGACUGUUAAUGCCGUAGAAGACAAGACAGACUCGCCUCUUCACUACGCUGCAAAACUAGGUAAUGGCGAAAUGGCGCAAGCCCUCUUAACUGCCGGAGCAGAUGUGUUGGCUAGAAAUUUUUUUGAGUGGACGCCUUUGCAUUCCGCUGCUUCUGGAGGAUAUAGUAAGGUGUGCUUAAUGCUUUUAAUAGCGGAAUCCGAUAUUAAUGCGGUAGAUGCGAAGAAGAGGACGCCUCUGCACCUGGCUGUGUUGUCUGAUGACGUUUCUGCAGUCCAGCUGCUGGUUAAACGCGGUGCUGAUCUGAAGGCCGUCGAUUGUGAUCAGAAGACGCCCUGCCAGUUGGGUUACGAGCUUGAGAAACUUGACAUUGCAAUAUGGCUGGAAGAACAGGCGUUUUCUCUUUAUUCUAAGGAGAGAAAAAAGAAGUCACGGGAAGGGAGAAGAGGAACGCCUGGUAGCCAGUCAUAGACUGCCUUGAAAGUGACGUGAUAAAGAAACAGCUUCGAGAAACUGGUUUUAUUCAUAUGUUUUUCGUAUGAAUAUUUUUCUCCGUUGCUCCCACUAGCAUGUAUUAGGAUAUUCAUAUUUUCAUGUACGCUAACAGUCACCAAUUCUUAAUGCAGUGUUUGGAACAAAUGAACGAUUGAAGACCUUUUAUCUUCUGGGUAGCGUUUUCUUUUACUCUACACUAAUGGUCCACAAGUUUCGAGAUAUUUUAAAACAUCUGUACCUCUAAGGACAUUUACGCGCUUUAUUGCUUUUCUGAACUCAUCACGAGAAUGAACGCAACUCCAAAUAAUCAGAUCCAUCUCACAAAUUUUUACUUAUUAUGACGUUAUUACCGUCCUUAAUAUAAUACAUUGUGAUUUGCUAAUGAAUGUGCGUAUCAGAUUUAUAUUUUAAUAACCUGUUUUAUUUAAAGGUAUAAUGUGUGACUCAUUAUUAUGCAUAGUCCUUAUUCUGGUUAUCUUUAAAUUUUGACUGACGCUGUGAUAUGUUUUGACACCAUUAUUUUAUGCUCUUAUAAUUUUAUAUUGCAAAUUAUAUUACAUUUUACACGUAUUGCUAUCUCUGUUAACAAUGUUUAGUGUUUGAAUAAUAAGUAAAGAAAAAAAUUUC